CUUUGAAGUUGUGAAAAGCUAAGAUCGUGUGUGACUUUUUAUUACUAAACUUUUACGAAAACCAAAUAUCAAAAAAGAAUUAGAAUAAUGUAUAGUGGAGAUAGGUAUUAAAGAUGGGCGUAUUCUCCAGCAAAGAGCCGGAUUACUCACCAAUCCUUAGUGAUGAGUUCCUUUACGAUUCUCUUACAAAGUGGUUUGGCGAGCCAACACGCCACGGUCAUUGUUUCUACCUCGAUGACCUCUCAACAUCAUUCAUCAGCGAAGUAAUACAAUGGAAGGUUAACGCAAGGUUCGAAGAAAACAGACAAACACAGACAUACGCAGAGCUCAUGCUAAAAAGGAAUCCUAGAAAUAAAACCAGAAGUCUCAGUUUCCGAAGUGCAGAAUUCUUCAAAAACGAAAUCAAUUUCUAUGAAAAAGUUCUACCGGAACUUUUACAACUCCAGAAUUCUAAAGAAUUCUCUGGAAGUUUCGAUAAUCAUGUGAGACUCUGUUUCACUCACUGUGAUGGAGAGUAUGAUAUGAUUUGUCUACAAGAUAUUAGAACAGAAGGAUUCAAAACCAAAGAAAUAAUAGACUUGGAACAUGGGAAAUUAAUUUUAAAAACGUUAGCUAGAUUCCAUGCUCUCUCUUUUGCUUUAAAAGAUGAAAAUCCCGAUAAAUAUAAAGAAAUAUGUAAAGAAAUCACUGAAACUUAUUACGACGGAAAAUUUUGGAGUUGGUAUAAGAAAUUAUGGAGUCAAAUCUGCUCUGUAGCUAUAAAUGCUGUCGAAAGCGAAUAUCCAAAUAGUAUCUACGUAAAGAAAAUAAGAGAAUUCGCUGUACCAAAACGAUUUAAAGAUUUGACAAAAGCAGUUAAAGAUAAUAAAGUAAUAUUACAUGGAGAUUGCCGAGCUAGCAACUAUAUGUUUAAAUAUAUUGAUGAUGUGCCAGUUGAUGUUAAAAUGGUGGAUUUUCAACAAGUCAGAUGUGCUAGUCCAGUAUUAGAUGUAUGUAGUGUUAUUUAUAGUAAUGUAUCUCUGUUAAAAGAUUAUGAAGGACUUUUGAAAUAUUAUCAUGGAAAUUUUGCAAUUAGAAUUAAAGAACUUGAGUGCGAUCCUGACGUAUAUACGUUUGAUAUGUUUAUGGAAGAUGUGAAGAAUUAUUCGUUUUUUGGGCUGGCAUUCAGUUUUGAAGCGGCGUGCACUAAACUGACUUAUCGUGAUAUAACGGACGUAGUUUGUGAUAAUGUAAGUGAAUUACUAUGAAAUUGGGCUAAACUAAUUUGGCAAUGUUUUUUUUUUCUUUUUGUACGACAGCUAGUUUUUGUGGAUUGCGCCUUCUGUGGAAUUCUUGCAAACUGAAUUAACAAUUACCUUUA